AUGUUAGACCAAGCGGAGCCAUUAAUUACACCCGAAUCACCACCGCCGCUCCCCGCCGCUUCGACGAGGAGGUCUCCAUUCUCCGAGACGCGAGAAGUUAAAUUUACGACGCGCGAGCUGAAAGGAGUUGGCGGUGAUGUGGAGAAGAAGCUACUUUCGAGGGGUGGCGUUUCCUUUGCGCAGAUAGCCGAGCCAGAAAGCACCAUCCAGUAUGACCCGGCCAUCAUCACCAACGAGGUGAUCAUGAAUGAACUCCAAAAGUCCGGGAUCGAUGCCCGACUCCUCGGUGAUAAUUUUGUUUCCCUGUCCAACGACAUGGCCAACAAGAAGCUGGCGCUGAUCAGCGUCGAUGUCGACACCAACUAUCAAUUCGAAACUUCCACCCCAAAGGCGUGUAAAAAGAUGCAAAAAUCUGAAGACGCGGUCCGCUUCAGCAAAUUACUCGCCCAGGACGUCGAAAUACCAUUGGGAGAUCCAAAUGAAAAAGCCACCGCAAGCGCCAAGGCCAGCUUCGCCAUCGAGGGGAUGACGUGCGCGAGUUGUGUGCAGUACCUCGAGGGAAAUAUUGCUAAAUUAAAUGGCGUUCGCGCGAUCACUGUGGCGCUGAUCUCGUCGAAAGCGGAUGUAACUUUUGACCCCCGGCUGGUCACGGUAGAAGAGUUGGCGGAAAAGGUGCAAGAGCUCGGAUAUAGAGCCACUCUUCUCGAUUCCUCGCUCUCGCGGGAGAACAAAAUCGAGCUGAUCGUCAAUGGGGCUUACAGCGCCGUCAUCGCCGGCUCGGUCAACCAAACGGGCCCGCUCGUUGUCCGCGCAACACAUGUCGGCAAGGACACCACCCUUGCCCAAGUUGUCCGCCUCGUCGAAGAUGCGCAAACGAACAAGGCCCCAAUCCAACAAAAAGCCGAUCGAAUUGCCGGGAUUUUUGUCCCAUUCGUCGUGGUGGUUUCUAUGGUCACCCUGGUCGGAUGGAUCGUUUUUGGGUAUUGGACCUGGGCGGAUGAUGCUAUUACCGGCACCGCCAAGUUCGAGGCGAUCAUCAAGGUAAUGGUCGGCACCGGCAUCGGCGCCGUCAACGGCAUCCUGAUCAAGGGCGGCGAACCCCUAGAAAAAGUGCACAAGGUGAAAACGGUCGUCUUCGACAAGACGGGAACGAUCACGCAAGGAAAGCCGAAAGUCGUCUCGGUGCACGGCUUCUUGACCUUCUCCAGCAAGACGCUCAACAAGGCACUAGCUGCUGCUGGUUCCGGAGAAGCCAUGUCGGAGCACCCGAUCGGCAACGCCAUCGCCAGCUUCGUCAAGGAGCUGCUCAACGCCUCCGAGUGGGCGACCGUCUCGCGGUUCUCGGCGUACCCGGGCAGCGGAAUUUCGUGCCGGGUCUCUGAUGUCGAUGAGUUCCUCGCUUCGUCAAGCCCGGAUCCGCGUUUCGACUUCCGGUCCGUCGACCACCACCAUGAGACGCCCUUCCCGAGGACCGAUGCUCGCUACAUACAAUCCGGAGAUAAAGAUGGCGCUAAUGUGUUCGCCACCCAAGAUUACAAAGUUCUCGUCGGGACCGUCCAGUUGAUGGAAAAGCACGGGAUUCCGGUCGACGGCGAGGCCUUCUACACGCUCCAGGAGCAGCAGAGCAAAGGCAACAUUGUCGUGCUGUGCGCGAUCAAUGGUCAACUCGCGUGCAUGUUCACCAUUGCCGACGAGGUCAAGAAGGAGGCCGCUCUGGCGGUCUGGGCCCUAAAGAAGAUGGGCAUGAACGUCGUCCUGUUGACGGGUGAUAAUAGCAAGACGGCUGUCGUUACGGCGAAAAAGGUGGGCAUCACUGAUGUCUUUGCCGAAGUACUGCCUAACCAGAAGCAGGAAAAGAUCAAGCAGUUGCAGAAAGAUAAGACCAAGGUGGCCAUGAUUGGCGACGGCGUCAACGACAGCCCCGCCCUCGCCCAAGCUGAUGUCGGCAUUGCCAUCGCCGCCGGGAGCGAUGUAGCGAUCGAGAGUGCUGGAAUUGUGCUUGUUAGGAAUGAUCUGUGCGACGUCGUCGCCGCCAUCAAGUUGUCGAAGAUGACCACAAGGCGCAUCCACCUCAACUUUCUGUUCGCGAUCUGCUACAACGUGAUUGGGAUCCCGAUCGCUGCUGGUCUCCUUACCCCGAUCGGCAUCUCCCUCGAGCCGUGGAUGGCCGCCGCAGCCAUGGCGAUGAGCAGCGUUUCCGUCGUGGCCAGCAGUCUGCUCCUCCGCUCCUACAAAAAACCAUCUCACGCUUCCCUAUCCAGCGGCGAGUUCAAGAAGUACAAGCGGAUGCUGGAGCGCGGGGAUUUUGAGGUGAACAUCCACCGCGGGUUGGACAGCGGCGUCUUCAUGAGGGCACCGUCGAAGAUUUCGUUGCUGGGCAGCAAGAUCACGUCAGCGUUCGGCGACUCGAUCAACAGCCUCGUUGGCGCGCAGAGCAAGAAUACAGAAAGGCGCCAAACCCUGCUCGAAAGCGGCGGCAGCGGCUACGAGUCCGACGAGCACCUCCAAAUC